AUGUACCAGAGAGAGUUCGCCAUGAGACUCGUUGCCCAACCUGGUGACAACCUUUACUGCCGCUUAUCAGUCAACACUCAGCUGUAUGCCAGAGUCUCCCACCUCCUCAAAGUUGGCAAGAACAACUUCCGCCCACCUCCCAAGGUGGAUUCUUCUGUUGUUCGAACCGAGGAAGCCACAGCCUCAGGUCAACAAGAAGGAGUGGGACGGGUUCUUAAGAGUGUGUUUUAUGAGGAAGAACAAAACUUUGGGAUCUAUUUACAGGCAAAAGCGGUGCUAGCUUCGGUGAAUGGCUCUACCGGAGAAGCUGGGGGAAUGGAUCUUGGUGAUCAGAGCAUCGGGAUGGAAGAUGAUGAUAACGAAAUGGAUGAUGAUGAUGAUGUGGAAAUGGAUGAAGGACAAGGAGGUGAGUUUAAGGAGAAGGUUAUGAAUGUGUUGAAGGAAGGUGGGUUCGAGGAGAAGAGGUCGUCCAAGCUAUCACAACAAGAGUUUUUAUAUCUUCUUUCGUUAUUCAACAAGUCGGGUAUUCACUUCUCAUAG